AUGACAACAUCACUCAAAGAUAUGACAUUCAACUCUGUGAAAUUGGAAAAGUUUGAUGGAGGUAACUUUGUCCGUUGGCAGAAAAAGAUGAAGUUUCUACUUACAACAUUGAAAGUGGUGUAUGUUCUGAAUACUGCAAGACCAUUAGAGAGGGAAGAAGAAACCAUUGCUGAAGAGAGAGAAAGACAAAAAUCGGACAAUGAUGAUUACAUUUGCAUGAGUCAUAUUCUUAACGGUAUGUCAGACUCUUUGUUCGACAUCUAUCAAAGUAGCAAUUCUGCAAAGGAACUGUGGGAAAAACUAGAAUCAAGAUACGUGCAAGAAAAUGCUACAAGUAAGAAGUUUCUUGUUUCUCAUUUCAAUAAUUAUAAAAUGGUAGAUAAUAGAUAUGUAAUGGAACAAAUGUAUGAAAUUGGACGUAUUCUCAAUAACUACAAACAACAUGCUAUGCAUAUGGAUGAAACAAUUAUUAAAGGGAAUAUAUCUCUUGAGCAAUUGGGUAAUCACAUUCGUUUAGAAGAAGUUUAUCGUAAACAAGAUGAUACUAAAAAUCAAAUUGCUCAUGAGAAAGUCCAUGUAAUGGAGGAAGGAAAUUCAAGUAAAACUUCCAAGAAAAGGAAACGAGAUUUUGGAAAAUCUUAUGAAAAUCAAAAUGUUAAUAGCAAUAAUAACAAUAGAAAGAAAAAUAAAGGAAAUUACUAUCAUUAUGGAAAACCAUAA